CCAAGCCAGACGGUUGAAAUUUCAGAUUGUUGGUGCCGCGCAUACCCCCAAGAUCAAGUGAUCCGAUCCGGAAUUCCCGUGCUUAAACACUUGUGCUCUCCGUGGGAACUACUCCCUCUAAUAAAAACGAUCCAAAGGAUACCGGCGGAACAAUCGGAGUGCCGAGAAGCGUCGCACGUACAUAACUGCCAAGUGUGACGAAAGCGGGAGAAAAAAGAUAGUGGCGACGUAACCGUUACGCUUAAGUGCAAGCAACUGUUGCAUUUGCCAAUUUGCCCCAUUUUGUGUGUCCGACUGAGCGUGAGUCAGUUGGCCAGUGAGUGAGUGAGUGAGUGCCUGGAGUGAGUGUCGAAGUGAGUGUCGCCUUGAGUGUCUGGAGUGUCUGUGCUGCCAUUGCUCCGGUUUCGGCCUUCCGAUGCGGCCCACCGUCGAGGUCAAGGGUCGCCUGCUGAUGACCCUGCUGCUGCACUGCCUCGUGGCUCUGGAGGUCUGCGGACGGGCCGGCGCCUUCACGCUGCUCUCGCCCUUCAGCUACAGCUCGCUGAGCUUUAAGAACCUGCUCAACUCCGUCCUCCUGUCGAGCAAUGCCAACCUCGCCGGCGGCGGUCGGAACCUCAAAUCGGACGUCCUCGAGGACGCCUCCCUCAUCACGCCCAAAUUAAUACGCAAAUAUGGAUAUCCAUCGGAGACCCACACUGUGGUGACGAAGGACGGCUAUAUCCUGGAAAUGCACCGGAUACCCAAGAAGGGAGCUCAGCCGGUUCUGCUGAUGCACGGCAUUCUGGAUACCUCGGCCACAUGGGUGCUCAUGGGACCAAAGUCUGGAUUGGGCUAUAUGCUGUCCGAUCUGGGCUACGACGUGUGGAUGGGCAACUCGCGGGGCAAUCGGUACUCGAAGAACCACACCAGCCUGAACAGCGACUACCAGGAGUUCUGGGACUUCACCUUCCACGAGAUGGGCAAGUACGACCUGCCGGCCAACAUCGACUACAUCCUGAGCAAGACGGGCUACGAGCAGGUGCACUACAUCGGCCACUCGCAGGGAACGGCCAUCUUCUGGGUCCUGUGCUCCGAGCAGCCCGCCUACACCCAGAAGAUAACCUCCAUGCACGCCUUGGCGCCCAUCGCCUACAUCCACGACAUGAAGAGCCCUCUGUUCCGCACCCUGGUCCUCUUCCUCGACUUCCUCACGGCCGCCACACGAAUGCUGCGCAUCACGGAAUUCAUGCCCAACACGAAAUUCCUAGUGGACCACAGCCAGGUUGUGUGCCACGACAACGCCAUGACGCAGGACGUCUGCUCGAAUAUCCUGUUUUUGGUCGCCGGCUACAACUCCGAACAGCUGAACAAAACCAUGCUCCCGGUGAUGCUGAGCCACACCCCCUCGGGAGCCUCCAUCAAGCAGCUGGAGCACUUUGGCCAGCUGAUGAAGUCGGGACACUUCCGGAAGUUUGACCGCGGCUACCUGCGCAACCAACUGGAGUACAACCGGAUGACUCCACCGGACUACGACCUGUCCAGGGUCAAAGUGCCGGUGGCACUGUACUACUCGGUGAAUGACCUGCUGGUCUCCACCACCGGAGUGGACCGCUUGGCCCGGGAGCUGCCCAAUGUGAUCGACAAGUACCUGGUGCCCAUGGAGCGGUUUAACCACCUCGAUUUCCUGUGGGCCAUCGACGUGAAGCCACUGGUCUACAACCGCCUGGUGCGAAAUGUGCGGAGGGUGGAGAACCACAGGGCCAAGCUAACCGCCAAUUUGGCCAGUUACCUGGCCAUGCAGCUGCAGCGCCAGCAGCUCCGCCAGCAGAUGCAGCAGCAGAUGAUGGAGGGACUGCCGCCCAAUGUGCACCUGCCCCACGGAUUGGGCAUGGAGAUGAUUGCCACGGGAACCACCUUGGCUCCUCCCACGCCUCCCACUAUAGCCACACCCACGAUGACGACCUCCUCGACGGAGGAUGCUACCGAGGAUGAGCUGCUGACCACCGGCACCACAACGGAAGUUCCGGCGUGACUUUGACGCCGCCUGGCCAAGCUCUUUUCGUUCCAAUUUCAUAUGACUGUGAUGACAUUUUUAACAAUUUACCGAUCGCAGCAUCGCCAGGUCCUUCCGCAAGAGGACCUCAGGUGCAAUCACUCAGGCGCAAUCCAUUCCCAUACAUCCAACAACCAUCCCACAGAGAGCCCCAGUUUCGAUACGGCCACUUUCUCCACCAGAAUUGUUCGACCCGUCUUCUGUGCUACUCAAAAUACUUUAAUUUAUGUGUACAAAUUUAUGAGUAAUUUUAAAUGUACGUCUAUUUUUAAUAAAAGAAAUACCUUAAGCCAA